AUGCCGGGUGACUGCUUGCAGAGCCAACAGCUGACAGCGGAUGCGACAUGUAUCGCAUGGGUCCGCUCAAAGCUGCAGCUGCUCCGGCCUCUAAGCCAAGAUGAUGCUGAGGACAGCGCAGAGUGGCUUGCCAGCGUAUGGCAGAACGAUGUGCAUACGCCCAUCGUAUCGACGUUCCUCAUGAGCGUCAAAGCGACGCGCAUGUUUGCUUUGCUGGACACCGGUGCGGACAAUGCACAGCCGGCGAAGCUAUUGCUGACACUGGACGUUCCAAAACACUAUGAGCAAAUGAUUUUCUUUGUGCGUGAUCCCAGCAAAUUCGUGACGCGCGACAACGUCAGCACCGUCAUCUUCUUUGGCGUCGUGCGCGGCGAUGACCCGUUGCAUUCGCUGCUUAAGAUUAUGCACGGGUUGUUUGUGCCUGUGGUGGUGGCGAACACCAGCUGGCCGGAGACCGUGAAAUCGGACUUUACGGCGCAGAUGCACAAAUUUAUGGCCAACCUCACGGAAACCGUGUAUGAGGUGAAGGGCAAAACCAUCCUCUACAUCCCGCAGGAGGACCUGCGUGAUCCGAAGGCGGCCGCAAAGCAGAAGGACUUGGUGCAGCGGCUGGAGUCGACCAUCAUUCACUGGACGCGCCAGGUCAAAGAGCUUCUCAAUCAGCAAGAUGCCGUGGACGCCUCGGAGCAGGCGGGGCCGCUGGCGGAGAUUGAAUUUUGGCGCGAGCGCUCCGUGGACCUGUCGGGCAUCCGUGCACAGCUGGACGACAGUGCGGUGUCGUCCAUCGUGUCCGUGCUUGAGUAUGCCAAGAGCUCCUACCUAGCACCCUUCCUGUCGCUGCGCAAUCUCAUCCACCGUGAGGCGGUGGCGGCAGAGGACAACCUCAAGUUCCUGCUGUGCCUGGAGGAGCCGUGCAAGCAGUUAGCAGCGGCGCACCCGCAGACCAUUCCGGGCCUGCUGCCUCCAAUUCUGAAUUGCAUUCGGAUGGUGUGGAACCUAUCCCGCUUCUACAACACGCCGGAGCGGCUCACGGUGCUUUUGCGCAAGCUGUCUAACGAGAUCAUCAACCGCUGCUGCUCCGUCAUUUCGCUGGCGGACGUGUUCUCGGGUGAUGUGGACAACGUGAUGACGGCCCUGCGACAGAGCAUGGAGGCCGGGGAACGUUGGAAGGAGCUUUACAAGCGGACCGCGGCAGCUGUGGCAGUGCGGUCGCCGCGGCCUUGGGACUUUGACAUCUCCUCUAUCUUUGCCCACAUUGACGCCUUCUUGCAGCGCUGCAAGGAUCUGUUGGAGGUCUGUGAGGCCCAGCUGCAGUUUGCGCCGCGCACUCCGCUGCCUGUUUUCGGUGGUACAUACGGGCCCGAGGUGAAGAAGAGCAUUUUGGACAUUCAGGAGUCCUUCCAGGGGCUGGUGCGCAUCCUCAAGGGCCUCACGUACGACAUCCUGGACGUCAAGGCAACCAGGUGGCACGAUGACUUCAACGCGUUCAAGAGCGGCGUAAAAGACCUGGAGGUGAUGAUGGCUAACGUCAUCCAGCGCGCGUUCGACACGCAGCCUUGCCUCAUGGCCCGGGGCGAACUUCUGGAGGGCUUCCAGGCCAUGGCCAAGCGCGACUUCAUCCGACGCUUCGUGGAGAAGAAGACUGUUGAGUUCUUCGGGUUGUUUAUGGCGGAAAUCAACACCGUCAAGAAGCUGUUCGAUGCCGUGAAGCGUUCGCAGCCCAAGAGUCCCAUCCUCCCGCGCUACGCUGGGUUGGCCAAGUAUGCCAUGAACCUUAUGCGCCGCCUGGAGCAGAGCCACAAGGUGGUGGAAUCUGUGCGCUACACGCUGCCGCAGGUGGCUGAGGCGGCAGAGGUGCUGCAACAAUAUGAGCUAGCGCACCAAGCCAUUGAGCAGUACAUCACCAACACACACAACGAGUGGUUUGGCACCAUUGAGGGCUCUAUCGCCAAGGAGCUGCAAACAUGCCUGCUGGUGCAGGACAAGGCUUCAGGCGGACUGCUGUCUAUGAACUUCCACAAGGACCUGUUGUCGAUGGGCCAGGAGGUGCACUAUUGGGAGCGCAUGCGGCUGGCCGUGCCCCUGGUGGCCAUGGAGAUCAACGCGCAGCGCGAAAAGUACCGCGUGCUGCGUGAUAACAUUCUCAUGGUCGUCCGCGACUACAACAAGAUCCUUACCGCCCUGGACAAGGAGGAGCGCAAGCUUUUCCACGACCGCAUCCGCUAUCUGGAUAGGCGCAUCAUGCCCGGCGUCACAAAGCUGCAGUGGACCGCCGACAAGCACGCGCUGGAGUUCUACUACCGGGAAGCCCGCAAGUUCUGCCGCGACGCAGACAUUGCGGUGGGAGACUACAAGGCGGCAAAUGCGCGGCUGGACACUAUCUGCCGUGCCAUCAGCGAACUGGUCUUGGUGGAUGUGGAAAAGAAGAAAAUCUACCAGCACACAGAGUUUGCCGCCCUACAGGAGCAGCACCACGCCAAGAUAAAGGACCGCCUGGUGUUGGCCGUGGACGAGAUCCGCGAGAUCAUGGCGAGUAUCCACCGAGUGUUUGAGCAGGACAGCGAGGAGGUACAGCGCGAGUGGGUGCGCUUCACGCAGAAGGUGGACCGAAAGCUGGAGGAUGCGCUGCGCCAUGUCAUCAAGAAGUCGCUGCAGGAGCUGAGCAGACUGCUCAACGGCGACAACAAGACAGAAGUGAUGCCCAUCUUCCACGUCACCAUGGUCCUGGAACGCACCAACCGCGUGGAGUUGCGUCCCACCAUCCAGGCGCUCUUUGACACCAUCAACUCUGUGGCGCGCAACCUCAUCAUCGUCCUGCAGUCCGUCCCGCGCGUGGCGAUGCAGCUGACAGACAAACAGCGGCGGGACAUGGAGGAAGCUGGGUUGGCGCCGCCAAAGCCGUUGCCGACAUUGUAUGAGACCAUCAGCCAGGACGAAGACGCGGUGCUACGGACCAUCAUGCAGAUUACGUCAGGUAUCACAUCCGUCAUCGAUAAGGUGCAGUCCUUCCUCACGUACUGGGAGAAGAAGUACCGCCACGUCUGGGAGGCGGACCGGGACGCGUACAUCCGCCGCUACGAGAAGGCGCAAAAGCCGCUGUCGUCAUUCGAGGCGGACAUCACCCGCUACUUGCAGUGUAUCGAGGAGAUCCGCGGCGAGGAUGGCGCCACAAACAUGCGCUUCUUGCGCAUUGACUGCGGCCCACUAAAGCAGACUCUUGUGGGCCACUGCGAGGCCUGGGUAGCCAAGUUUACAGGGCUGCUGGGCCAGCUAGCGUUUACGGAGCUCAAGGCGCUGCACGCCUACUUCAAGGAGUACCGCGAUGCGCUGUGCGUGGCACCCGCCUCCCUGGAGCAGCUUGCGGAGCUGGUGGGGCUUCACCGACGCCUGGCGGACGAGCGCCGGCGCACAGAGGCUCGCUUCGAGCCGUUGCGCGAUAAGUAUAAGCUGCUGGAGCGGUACGAGGUUGGCGCCAAGGAGGAGGAAGCAGCGCUGCUGGAGGCCCUGGAGCCCGCGUGGACGGCGUUCCAGACCCUGCUGGAUGAGACCGCUGGGAAGCUGGAGCGCUACAAGGACAAUUUCCGUGAAAAGGUCAAGAACCUGUUGGACUCGUUCCUCAAGGACGUGGCGUCGCUGUGCGACGACUUCACUCGCGAUGCACCCUAUAGCUCGGAAGUACCCACCAGCGAGGCGGUGGCGUUCGUCAGCGCUUCCAAGCAGGCGGUGGAGGACACGCGCAAGCGGGCUCUGGAGAUUAAGAGCGGAAUGGACAUAUUCAAUAUUCCCCAGCCGCAGUACAAGGACCUUGCGGCGAUGGAAAAGGAUCUGGAUUUACUGGAUCGGAUCUGGGGCCUCAAGGCGGAAUGGGAGCACCUGUAUGGCGGCUGGAAGGAUGGGUCAUUUGCCGACAUCAAGGUGGACGAGAUGGAGGAGGCUGCUAUUCGCAUCAGCAAGAACGUGGCCAAGCUGGGCCGCGACAUCCGCCACUGGACGGUGUGGAGCGCGCUCAAGGACACGCUGGACGCGUUCAAGCGCACCAUGCCGCUCAUCACCGAUCUGCGCAACCCUGCCAUGCGUCCCCGCCACUGGGAGGACCUGCAGAAUCACAUAGGCAUCAAGUUCGACCCGCACUCACGCAACUUCACGCUGGACAGUGUCGUAGCGCUUCGUCUGGACCAGCAUGUCGACUUCGUGGCGGAGCUGAGCGUCAACGCCACCAAGGAGUUGGCGAUUGAGAACAAUAUUAAGACCAUCGCCUCCACGUGGUCUACGCUCAUGCUGGACAUGGCGGAGUAUAAGUCGACCUACAAGCUGCGCAGUACGGAAGAGAUCUUCUCCUCUUUGGAAGAGAAUACCGUCACGUUGUCCACCAUGAAAGCCUCCAAGUACUUCAUCGUCUUUGAAAAGGACAUUGCGUUCUGGGAGCGCACGCUCAGCCAUAUUUCCGAAACCAUCGAGAUCAUCCUGCAGGUGCAACGGCAAUGGAUGUACCUUGAGAACAUCUUCAUUGGCUCGGAGGAUAUCCGCAAGCAGCUGCCGCAGGAGAGCCAGAUGUUCGACGGAGUGCACAACACCUUUAUGAGGCUCAUGAAGCAGCUGUAUACCACCGGCAACUGCCAGAAGGCUUGCACGGCGCCAGGGCUGCUGGAGUCCUUCCAGGACAUGAACAACAAGCUUGAGCGCAUCCAGAAGUCGCUGGAUAAUUACCUGGAGAACAAGCGCCAGCAGUUCCCGCGCUUCUACUUCCUGUCAUCGGAUGAUUUGCUGGAGAUUCUGGGCCAGGCCAAGGACCCGCUCAAUGUGCAACCUCACCUCAAAAAGUGCUUUGAAGGUAUUAAGAAACUGGACAUGCACUUGCCCGGAGAUGAUCGCAAGCAGACGGUCAGUGUGGGUAUCACCUCGCCCGAUGGCGAAUACCUGCCCUUCGCUAACCCGGUGGUGACGGAGGGACGGCCGGAGGAGUGGCUCAACCGUGUAGAGGAUGCGAUGUUCCUCACCACCAAGAAGCACCUGUACAAGGUGUUGGAGGACUCGAAAGUCCAAAAGAAGGAGAAGUGGGUCAAGGAUAACCAGGGACAGAUGAUUAUCACAGCGGGCCAGAUCGUGUGGACCCAUGAGUGCGAAAAGGCGUUGGCAGAGCAGGACGGCGCACGCAAGAACCUCAAACUGCUUAAAAAGAAAUGGAUCAGCUACCUGAACAAGCUCACCACCGUCACGCGCUCCAAGCUCAACAAGAUUGAGCGUAACAAGGUGGUGGCGUUGAUCACCAUCGAGGUGCAUGCGCGCGACGUGAUCGAGAAGCUGGGCAAGGCCAACUGCACGUCCGUUAGCGACUUCGAAUGGGUCAGCCAGCUGCGCUUCUACUGGGACCGCGAGAAGAACGACUGCAUCGUCAAGCAGGUGCUGUCGGUCUUCUUCUACGGUUACGAGUAUCAGGGUAACAACGGUCGCCUGGUCAUCACACCACUCACUGACCGCUGCUACAUGACACUAGCAGGCGCGGCCAUGUUUACCCGUCGCGGUGGCAAUCCGCUGGGUCCCGCUGGUACGGGCAAAACGGAGACGGUCAAGGAUUUCGGCAAGGCGCUGGCGCGUUACGUCAUCGUGUUCAACUGCUCUGACGGCGUUGAUUACAAGAUGACGGGCAAGAUGUUCAGUGGUCUGGCACAAACAGGCGCGUGGGCGUGUCUGGACGAGUUCAACCGUAUUGAGGUGGAGGUGCUGUCCGUCGUUGCCACCCAGAUUGCCUGCGUUAUGCAGGCCAUUAAGGAAGCUAAGAAGCGCUUCCUGUUCCUGGGUCAGGAGAUCCGCCUCAACCCGUCGUGUGGUAUCUUCGUGACUAUGAACCCAGGCUAUGCGGGCCGCUCGGAGUUGCCAGAUAACCUCAAGGCAAUGCUGCGCCCCGUCUCCAUGAUGGUUCCCGACUUCACGCUGAUUGCCGAGAUCAUGAUGUUCAGUGAGGGCUUCUCGUCCGCCAAGGUGCUCGCCAAAAAGAUGAUUGCCAUCAUGGAGCUGUCACAGCAGCAGCUAUCCAAGCAGGACCACUACGACUAUGGCCUGAGGUCGUUCGUGAUUCCCAUUGCGCGUGCGGCUGGCUCACUGAAGCGCCUGGACCCGGAGGGCAGCGAGGAAGUGAUCCUGUACCGCACAAUGCUGGACCUCAUCAAGCCCAAGCUUGUGUACUUGGACCUACCGCUGUUCAUGGCGCUGUUGUCCGACCUGUUCCCCGGGGUGGAGCUGCCGCCGCCAGAUGGCGGGUCGCUGCGUCGCGCCAUCGAGACGGAGCUGCGGGAGGCCAACCUACAGAUCGUAUCCGAGUUCGUGACCAAGAUCAUCCAGGUGUUCGACUGCAAGGUGGCGCGGCACGGCAACAUGCUCGUGGGCCGCACCGGCUCCGGCAAGAGCGAGGCGUGGAAGUGCCUGCAGCGUGCUCUGGGCCGCUUGCGCAAGGAAGAGCCUGAAGACGAGCGCUUCCAAAAGGUGCACGUGUAUACCAUCAACCCCCUGGCCCUGUCCAAUGACGAGCUGUACGGCUGUUUCGAGGCGGCGACACACGAGUGGCAGGACGGUGUGCUGGCGCGCAUCAUGCGGACGGUGUGCAAGGACGAGAGUCCCGAGCAGAAGUGGAUCCUGUUUGAUGGCCCUGUGGACACGCUGUGGAUCGAGUCCAUGAAUACCACACUGGAUGACAACAAGCUGCUCACGCUGCUGUCAGGCGAGCGCAUCGCUAUGACGCCCAGUGUGUCGCUGCUGUUUGAGGUGGAGGACCUAUCCCAAGCCUCUCCCGCCACGGUGUCCCGUGCGGGCAUGAUCUAUCUUAACGUGGAGGACUUGGGCUGGCGGCCCUUCAUCACCAGCUGGCUGGCUGCGAAGGCAGCGGCGCCAGGCGCGGAGCCCGCCGUGCUGGACACUGUGGCCAAGAUGGUGGACAAAUACAUGGAGGCGGCCCUGGAGCACAAACGACUGCUGUGCAGCAGAGAGCUGGUGCCCACUGACCGACUGUCCUGUGUACGCGCCUUCACGCGCCUCUUCGACGCGCUGGCGACACCAGAGAAUGGUGUGGGCACGAUGCCGGUGGAGGAAACCCCGGGAGGUCCCGGUGGCCCGAAGGGGACUGCGCCCGCCACGCCUGCCAACGGUGCAGCGCCCACAGACGACAGCGGCAAUAGCGGCAACAACCUGGUGGAGAUGUGGUUCCUGUUUUGCCUAAUCUGGGGCAUUGGCGGCCCGCUGGACGAGGAUGGUCGCAAGAAGUUUGAUGCCUUCAUGCGCGAGAUGGACACACGUUACCCAAGCGCGGAGACAGUGUUCGAGUACUUUGUAGACCCCAAGACCCGGGCCUGGCUGGCCUGGGAGACCCGGCUGACCGGCACUUUUAAGCCUUCCCUGGACCAGCCGUUCUUUAAAAUCCUGGUGCCCACCGUCGACACGGUGCGCAACCGCUUCGUGGGCAAUGCAUUGGUGCGCGUGUCCCAGCACACGCUCAUCGUGGGCAACGUGGGCGUGGGCAAGACCAUGAUCGUGGGCUCGCUGCUGGAGGGGCUGCCAUCUGACCGCAUGAGCCACGUCACCAUCAACUUCUCCGCGCAAACCUCCUCCAACAGCCUGCAGGACACCAUCGAGGGCAAGCUGGAGAAGCGCACCAAGGGUGUAUUCGCGCCAGCCGGCGGCAAGCGCCUUGUGUGCUUCAUCGACGACCUCAACAUGCCUGCCAAGUCCAAGUUCGGCUUCAUCCCGCCACUGGAGCUGCUCAAACUCUGGGUGGACAAUGGAUUCUGGUACGACCGCCAGAAGUGCGAGGUGAAACAUAUUAAGGACAUGCAGCUCCUAGCUGCCAUGGCGCCGCCGGGAGGCGGCCGCAACGCCUUUAGCCAGCGCGUGCAGGCUUGCUUCGCCACGCUCAACGUGACGGCGCCAAACGACAACCAGCUCAAGCGCAUCUUUGGUACCAUCCUUAACGCCAAGCUGGUAGACUUUGAUGACGAAGUCAAGCCGCUGUCUGAGCCCAUUACGAUGGCCACCAUUGGCAUCUAUCGCGCAGUGUCCAAGGAGCUGCUGCCGACGCCCUCCAAGAGUCACUACCUCUUCAACACUCGCGACCUGGCGAAAAUUAUCCAGGGCAUGAUGCAGGCCACCAAAGCCUUUUACAACAGCAAGGAGGAGGUCCUGCAGCUAUGGUGCCAUGAAUGCAUGCGCAUCAUUGCGGACCGCAUGUGGGACCACGCCGACAAGGAAUGGCUGGUGCGCCAGCUGGACGAGAAGCUGGGUACCAUGUUCAGCACGUCCUUCCCCACGCUGUUCGAAGCCCACGGCGAGACCAUCCCUCCCUUCGUUACCUUCAUGCGCCAGAACGUUGACCCGCCCGUGUACGAGCUCGUCCGUGACAUGGUGGCGCUGAAGGACCUGUUGACAGAGAAGCUGGAGGACUAUGCGCUGGAGCCGGGCCACAGCGCAAUGGACCUAGUGCUGUUCCGCGACGCGCUGCACCACGUGUGUCGCAUCCACCGCAUCCUCAUGCAGCCGCGCGGCAACGCACUGCUGGUGGGUGUGGGCGGCAGCGGGCGCAAGAGCCUGGCUCGAUUGGCAGCCUUCGUGGCGGAGCUCAAAUGCUUCACCAUUGAGAUUACCAAGAACUACCGACAGACUGAAUUCCGUGAGGACCUCAAGGGGUUGUAUCGCCAGGCGGGCUGUGCCAACAAGCCCACCGUGUUCCUGUUCGACGAGACACAGAUCGUGUACGAGACGUUCCUGGAAGACGUGAACAACAUCCUGACCAGUGGAGAGGUGCCCAACCUGUUCCCCAAGGACGAGCUGUCCGGUGUGCUUGACGAGCUUCGCCCAGCCGCCAAGGCCGCCGGCGCGGGCGAGACCUCGGAUGCGCUGUACGCUUACCUGCUGGAACGCGUGCGCACCAACCUGCACGUGGUCCUGUGCCUGAGUCCCGUGGGCGAGGCCUUCCGAGAGCGCUGCCGCAUGUUCCCCGGCCUGGUCAACUGCACCACCAUCGACUGGUUCACCGAGUGGCCGGCGGAUGCGCUGUUCGAGGUGGCACAGAAGCAGCUGGGAGACGUGGACCUGGGAAGCGCGGAUGUGAAGACUGCGGUCUGCAAGGUGUUUGUGACCGCACACCAGUCCGUGGAAGCCACCAGCACUAAGAUGUUCCAGGCGCUCAAGCGCCGCAAUUAUGUAACCCCCACCAACUACCUGGAGACGGUGCGCGGCUACAAGGACCUGCUGGGCGAGAAGCGGCGGGAGCUGGGCGAGAAGGCGGCCAAGCUGCAGGGCGGCCUGCAGAAACUGGAUGAAACGAGCGUGCAGGUGGCUGCCAUGAAGAAGGUAGCGGAGGAAAAGAAAGUGGUGGUGGCGCAGGCCAAGGCGGACUGCGAGGAGCUGCUGGUGGAGAUUGUGCAGGACAAGCGAGUGGCUGACGAGCAAGAGAAGCAGGUGAACGCUGAAGCCCAGAAGAUUGGCAAGGAGGCGGAGGAGGCCAACGCCAUCGCGGCGCAGGUGCAGGUGGAGCUGGAUAAGGCGCUGCCGGCGCUGCGAGAAGCAGAGGCUGCGCUGGAUGUGCUGACCAAGAAGGACAUGUCGGAGCUCAAGGCGUACGCCAAGCCGCCGGCACUAGUGGAGUUCACACUGAAUGCGGUGCUCACAGUGCUCCGCCGUCCACCCAACUGGGAGGAAGCCAAGAAGCGGCUGGCGGACGCCAACUUCAUGCAGAGCCUCAAGGAGUUCGACAAGGACAAAUUGGACGACUCGCUGCUGAAGAAGAUUGGGAAGUUCACCGCCUCCCCCGACUUCACCGCCGACAAGAUCAACAGUGUAUCAGCUGCCGCCAGCGGCAUGUGCAAGUGGGUGCACGCCAUGGAGACAUACGGCUACGUGGCCAAGGAUGUGGCGCCCAAACGCGCCAAGCUCAAGGCAGCGCAGGACAACCUGGCUAAGAAGCAGGCCGCGCUGGCGCUGGCGCAAGAGCAGCUUGCGGUUGUGCUGGCCAAGGUGCAGGCGCUCAAGAACAGAUACGAUGAGUCUAUCAGCCGCAAGCAAGCCCUUGAGGAGGAGCUGGCGGACCUGGAGGGCAAGCUGGAGCGUGCGGAGAAGCUGGUGACGGGACUUGCGGGCGAGCGCGUCCGGUGGGAAGCUACCAUUGCCGAGUACGAGCAAUCGAUGUCGUACCUGCCUGGCGACGUGGUGGUGGCGGCGGCCUUCAUGAGCUACGCCGGGCCCUUUCCUUCCGAGUACCGCGACGAGCUGGUGAAGCACACAUGGCUUCCGCAGGUCAAGGCGCUGAGCAUCCCCGCUUCGGAGCACUUUGACUUUGCCCUGUUCCUGGCCAACCCAGCGCUAGUGCGCGACUGGAACAUCCAGGGUCUGCCCUCAGAUUCGUUCUCUACGGAAAACGGUGUCAUGGUCACCCGAGGCCGGCGAUGGCCGCUAAUGAUUGAUCCGCAGGGUCAGGCCAACAAGUGGAUCAAGAACAUGGAGGGCCGCAGUGGGCGGCUCAAGGUGCUGAACCUGCAGAUGUCCGACAUGGCGCGGCAGGUGGAAAACGCUAUCCAGUUCGGUCAGCCGGUGUUGAUGCAGGACGUCCUGCAGGAAAUUGACCCCAUCCUGGAGCCCAUAUUGGCCAAGGCCUUCAUCAAGCGCGGUAACCAGACGCUUAUUAAACUGGGCGACAAAGAGGUGGACUACAACUUUGACUUCCGGCUGUACCUGACCACCAAGCUGGCCAACCCGCUGUAUACACCCGAGAUUUCCACCAAGGUCAUGAUUGUCAACUUUGCCGUCAAGGAGCAGGGCCUGGAGGCGCAGCUGCUGGCUACGGUCGUCAAGAACGAGCGACCAGACCUGGACAAGCAGAAGAACGACCUGGUGGUCAAAGUGGCUGCGGGCAAGCGCACCCAGGCGGAGUUGGAGGACACUAUCCUGCACCUGCUGUCUACCGCCACUGGAUCGCUGCUGGACAACGUGACGCUCAUCAACACACUGGACCAGUCCAAGACCACAUGGGAGGAGGUCAACGCGUCGCUGCAGGUCGCCGAGGAGACCCAGAAGAAGAUCGAGGCCGCCAGCCAGCUGUACCGGCCCUGCUCCGUGCGUGCAUCCGUGCUGUACUUCGUCCUCAACGACCUGUCCACCAUCGACCCAAUGUAUCAGUUCUCGCUGGAUGCCUACAAUGACCUCUUCCUCAUCUCCAUCCGCAACUCACCCAAGAACGACGUACUGGCGGAACGCAUCAAGUCGCUCAACGACUACCACACCUACGGCGUGUACAAGUACACCGCACGUGGUCUGUUCGAGCGGCACAAGCUGCUGCUAUCGCUGCAGAUGUGCGUGCGCAUCCUGCAGACCGCCAACCAGGUCAACAUGGAGGAGUGGCAGUUCUUCCUUCGGGGCGGCACCGUGCUGGAUCGCUCACAGCAGCCCACAAACCCAGCACCGGAGUGGAUCAGCGAGGAGGCUUGGGAUAACGUAACGGAGCUGGACGCCCUGCCCAACUUCAAGGGCAUUACCGCCUCCUUCGAGUCCAACCUUGGCGAGUGGGAGCAGUGGUAUCGCCGCGGCGAGCCCGAGUCCUCGGAGCUGCCGGCGGAGUGGGAGUCCAAGUGCAACGAGCUGCAGCGGCUCAUCCUGGUGCGCUGCCUGCGACCUGAUCGCGUCAUCUUCGCCGCCACCACCUACGUAUCCAACGCGCUGGGCAGGAAGUACGUGGAGCCGCCUGUGCUGGACCUGGGUGAGACGCUCAAGGACUCCACGGCGAUGUCGCCGCUCAUCUUUGUCCUCAGCGCGGGUGUGGACCCCACGGACAACCUGCGAAAGCUGGCCGCGGAGAAGGGCAUGGCGAGCAGGUUCUUUACAGUGGCUCUGGGCCAGGGCCAGGCGCCCACUGCCACACGGUUGAUCGAGGACGGCUUGCGCGAGGGCAACUGGGUGUUCCUGGCCAACUGCCACCUCAUGACCUCUUGGCUGCCCACACUGGAUAAGAUCAUUGAGUCCUUCGAGACCAAGCAGCCGCACGAGAACUUCAGGCUGUGGCUGUCAUCCAACCCCUCGCCCGCCUUCCCCAUCGCCAUCCUGCAGCGUGGCCUUAAAAUGACCACCGAGCCACCCAAGGGGUUGAGAGCCAACCUGCUGCGUCUGUACAACAGCGUCAGCGAAGCGUCGUACGCCCAGUGCAAAGCGCAAAUAAAGUACCAGAAGCUGCUGUUUGCGCUGACGUACUUCCACAGCGUCCUGCUUGAGCGACGGAAGUUCCGAACAUUGGGCUUUAACAUUCCGUACGAUUUUAAUGACACGGACUUCUCGGUCUCUGAUGACCUGCUCAAGAGCUAUUUGGACUCGUAUGAAAACACGCCAUGGGACGCGCUCAAGUACCUUAUCGCGGAGGCCAACUAUGGUGGCCGUGUGACGGACGAGCUGGACCGCCGUGUGUUGGCCUCCUACCUGAACAAGUUCUAUUGCGAGGACGCGCUGUCGGUGCCCGGCUACCUGCUGUCGCCAUUGCCCACAUACUACGUGCCCGACAACGGCCCGCUGUCCAGCUUCCGGGACUACAUCCUCACGCUGCCAGCCAGCGACCGCCCCGAGGCCUUCGGGCAGCAUUCCAACGCCGAAAUCAGCUACCUCAUUGAGGACAGCAAGGUAUUGCUGGACAGCCUGCUGAGCCUACAGCCUCGCACGGAGGGCAGUGGCGGCGGCGGCGGUGGUGGCGCUGGGAGGCGUGAGGACGUGGUGAUGGCCAUCGCCACUGACCUAUUGGACCAGGUACCUCAGCCAUUUAACCUGGAAGAGGUCAUGAAGGCCAAGGCGGACGACCCCUCGGCGCUGCAUGUUGUGCUGUUCCAGGAGGUGGAGCGUUACAACUCGCUGCUGGUGUCCGUGCGGCGUUCCUGUGUGGAGCUGCAGCGGGGCAUCAAGGGCCUGGUGGUCAUGUCGGCCGACCUGGACCUCAUCUUUGACGCGCUGUACAACGCCAAGGUACCGUCCGCGUGGCUCAAGACGUACCCCAGCCUCAAGCCGCUGGGUCCCUGGACCCGCGACCUGCUGCAGCGCAUCGAGCAGCUGGCGACCUGGGUUGAGGAGACCUACCCGCGUGUGUACUGGCUGUCGGGCUUCACGUACCCCACUGGUUUCCUGACGGCGGUGCUGCAGACCACGGCGCGCAAGUCGUCGGUGCCCAUCGACACGCUGUCCUUCGAGUUCAGCAUUAUCAACCUGGACGAACGGGAGAUCACGGCGCCGCCGAAGGAGGGCGUCUACAUCAAGGGGCUGUUCCUGGAAGGCGCUGGCUGGGACUUCGAGAACGGCUGCCUGUGUGAGCCCAACCCCAUGGAACUCAUCGUGCCGAUGCCCAUUCUGCUGUUCCGGCCCGUCGAGAACAAGAAGCGCACCGCCAAGGGCAUCUACGUCUGCCCGCUGUACCUCUACCCCGUCCGCACCGGCACACGUGAGCGACCGUCCUUCAUGAUCAACGUGGACCUGCGCUCUGGAGCUGCAGACCCCGACCACUGGAUCAUGCGCGGAACCGCACUGCUGCUGUCGCUGGCCACGUAA